CGACAGACGGACCGAAGACUGGGAGAUUGACCGACCAAGCAUUUCAAACAUAAACAAGAAAACAGAUAUGGAACCAAAAUUUCAGAAGAUUCAGUCCACCAAAGACCUACUUACGGAUGUAAAAAAUUGGCGCAAAGAUGGACCCAAGUUAAUUGAGAGAAAAUGGAAUGUUUUCAACAAUAGUCCUGACAUUGACAAAGGCUGCUGUAAAGUCAGAGUGAUGCAGUGGAACAUACUUGCUCAAGCUCUCUGUAGUGCAGAUGAUAAUUUCAUCCGAUGUGGACCGUCAACCUUGGAAUGGGAAAAGAGGAAGUGGAAGAUGUUAGAAGUCAUGCUGGAACAUGACCCUGACAUUUUAUGCCUGGAAGAAGUUGAUCAAUACAGCUUCUUUAACGCAGCGUUAGAAUCAGUUGGCUACACAGGAAUAUUUACUCCUAAACCAGACUCACCUUGUCUGUAUGUCAGGGGGAACAGCGGACCAGAUGGAUGUGCAGUAUUCUAUCGAAAAGACAAAUAUGUGUUAGAAAAGGCGAAUUCAUUUGUCAUAGCUCCUGAUCAUCCAGUCACAAAUCAGAUUGCUGCUUAUGCUGUACUUAGCGAUAAAACAACAAGCGUGAAAUUUUGCGUCCUGACAACUCAUUUCAAGGCAAAACAAGGUUAUGAAGAACUGAGGCAAAACCAAGCUGAACAUUUGGUUAAAUUUGUACAGGAGGAUAUGUCUCACAUUCCAGUAGUCAUCUGCGGUGAUUUUAAUGGUAAUUACCAGGAGCCGUUGUACGGCGUUAUGAAAUCUAGUCCGGUAGCUUUGGAAAGUAUCUAUACGAGGCUGCAGAAUGAUCUAAGUGAACCAAAGUACACCUCUUGGAAAAUACGUGGUAGUCACUCUGGUGGUGAGCGUGAAUCGUGUAAGGGAAUCGAUUAUAUUUGGGUAACGCGGGUAAGCGUUGAUGUAGCAGGAUUGUUGUUACUGCCAACUGAGGAGCAGAUUGGACCAGAUCGUCUGCCAUCGAGCAAUUAUCCAUCUGAUCACCUCCAUUUGGUCGCCGAUCUGUUUAUUAAAUGUGAUGAGUGAUGAAAGAAAUCACCCAUUAGAUCAAGCUAAAGGAGGGCUAUAGGCAGGAGCUAGGGGGUCAAAUUGGUAAUCUUUAGGUGACUAGUAAUAGUAUACACAGGGCUUAGGUUGUGUAUGAUUCAAUUAUAGUCAUAUAUACUUGUAAUGUAAAUCUUUUAAUCAUCUGAUCAUGAUAAUGUGAUAUAUUUCUUGGUUGCAAGGCAAUGAAUCAUUACUUGACUAUUAUUAAUAACAAAAUACUCAUGUACUUAAACUGUAUGAACGCAUUUAAUCCGGUAGAGAUGGGCAUGUUACACUGAGGCCUUUUAUAGGUAAAAUAGGCCCCUUUGUACAGUUGCCUCUCAACCGGCUAAAAGCACCCACACAGUAGUUAUUGUUGGGGGUAUAUUUGUACUAUACCUUACCUCACUGUUAUACUAUUCCAAUCCAGAUCUGAAAUUUAAUCG